UCCAAACAACAAUGACAGAUGGGUUAUUUGGAAUGGUUGGAUAUAUGUAUCAUUGUUGCUUAUUUUGUGGUUAUUCUUUCAGUUGGACUGCUAGCAACUUACUAUGCAAACAAAAACAGUUCACUUGGAUUUUUCUUGGCCGGCAAGUCAAUGACAUUCAUCCCAAUAGCGGGUUCCAUAUUUGCCAGCAACAUGGGGGCUCCGAACGUGGUGGGUCUCAGCGGGUCUGCCGCUGCUUCAGGGUUUGCUCCCGUCAUGUUUGAGUGGCAAGCAGUGUUUGCACUAGUUGCUCUUGGUUGGAUUUUCGCUCCAAUAUAUUUAGCAUCGGCGACGUACACAAUGCCUGAAUAUCUUCAAAAAAGAUUCGGAGGAUCAAGACUGAGAAUCUGUCACUCAGUCAUUCAACUUCUCCUUACAGCGAUCUGUGGUAUACCGAUGGAGAUUUAUGCAGCCAGUAUUUUCAUGCACAAACUUUUGGGGUGGAAUGUUUAUUUGUCGACAGUAAUAAUUCUCGCAAUCACCGCUGUUUAUACCAUUGGAGGAGGCCUAACAGCUGUUAUAUACACAGACACGUUGCAAGCGGUCAUUCUUGUCGUUGGAGCUGCUGUUGUCGGUGUUAAAGCAAUGAUAGAAGUAGGAGGGUACAAUUCCAUGUUGGAACAAUUUCGAAAAGCAGCCUCUCGACACACGUACAUCGAACAUCAACUCUACAACAACCUCUCUUGUGGUUUUCCACCUGCCGAUUCAUUCCACGUUUUCAGAAGCACCGAGUCUGAUUUUCCUUGGCCUGGUGUUGUCUUUGGAAUGAUAUCUCUGGGUAUUUACUGCUGGUGCACCCAACAGGUGAUUGUGCAACGCAACUUGUCAGCAAAAACAGUUCUUCACAGCAAAGCGGGAUGUUUGUUGGCUGGGUACCUAAAGAUUCUUCCAUUCUUUCUUUUUAUAAUUCCUGGCAUGAUUAGUAGAAUUCUUUACGCUGACGAUGUUGCCUGUUCUUCUCCGGAAAUAUGCCAAGAAAAAUGUGGAAACCCAGCUGGAUGCACUAACAUCGCCUACCCAAUGCUGGUUUUGAACAUUCUCCCAAAAGGGAUCAAAGGUCUGAUGUUGGCGGCUCUCCUGUCGGCACUGAUGAGUUCAUUAACAUCGUACUACAACAGCGGUUCCUCGCUGUUCACACUGGACAUCUAUUCACAUUUCAGAAAAAAGGCAUCUGAGCUUGAAAAAGUUUUGGUCGGACGAUUGUUCGGUCUCUUUUUAGUGUGCUUGAGUGUAGCUUGGCUGCCCAUUCUGCAGUCUGUACAAGGAAGUCAGCUCUGGAAUUACUCACAAGCUGUUUAUUCUUACUUGACUCCUCCUUGGACGGUUGUCUACCUGUUGGGAAUGUUCUGGACGCGCGCAACUGAACAGGGUGCAUGGUGGGGGCUAAUAGUUGGAUUGGGCGCUGGUAUCAUAAGAAUGGUUCUCGAUUUCAGUUACAGAAGCGCUCAGUGCGGUAGCUCUGAAAUAGUUAAGAGACCAGAUAUUCUUGAGAAAGUCCACUAUUUGGUGUUUGCAGUCAUUUUGUGCGUCAUAACGUUCAUUGUCAUGGUGGUGGUCUCUUUCGUCACCAAAGAACAACCACUGAACGAGCUAGAAAGAGUUACUUGGUGGACCAGAAAGAGCAAAUUAUCUCUCAACACGACAGACUGCAAAACUCAGGGAUCCAAAACAAGCAUCGGUGAGCUAAAUGAAACAAACAAUGCAAGUUCGCAAAUUGCGAUUGUUGAAACUGUUGAUGCAUCUAUUAAAAAAGAUGGUUGGUAUUAA